CCUGAGAUAUCCAGUUCGAUAUACAUAUAUUGGGAAGUCUAUAACUAUUACCAUGCAAAUUGAAAGACCAUUGAAUCAAUAUGAAAGGAACCGGGUAUAAUAAACAGAGAUUUCAAACGGGAGUUGGACAGAAGCCAAGCGAAAGUAUUAUCGCCUCAUUUCCCGGUAGGACCAUGGAAUUCGGUGGCGAUAAUUAUGAGGAUUUCUUUGAUAAGCUGCGCAGCCACACGGGAGGACCCCGUAAUCUGCGACAGAUAUUCGACGAUGAUGAGAUGCCAUUGCAGUAUGAAUCCAACAGUUUGCGUUACCAGCCCCAAAAGUCCGGCCAGCAUCAGCAGUCAAAGCACCAAACGGAAAAGAAACCCAAAUCAUCCUCGCAGAAUGAAAAGCGUCAACACUCCACGGCACCAGCGACGACGGCAUCGGCCAGUAAAGGAGAUGGACGAUGGACGUCCAUAGUGGCCAAGGUGGUCAAUGGAUAUAAUGGUACGGAUAAAAUAGGUCGCGUGGGUGUCGCCUUGAUGAUAAAUGAAUCGGAGCCAUCGGAGUAUAAACUUAUUAUAUACAAAAGCAAGACACUGGUCCUGAGUACCUUGCUCCUUAAGCCCAACACAAAGAGCCCAAAUGUAAUCCUGAAAGAGUCCUAUAUACAAUUUUAUGACGACGAACAACGUUUUUGGAGCAUACGUUUCGAGUCACUGGCGGAUGAGCAAGAGUUUAUCAGGACUAUUGUGAAGCAUAGUCUACCUUUAGAACAGGUACCCAGCAAUGUCUCCAACUCUUCCGCCAAUGCCAUCAGCAAUAACACUGCCGCCUCUCGGACGAAACAUAAUCCCACGUCCACAACGGAAAAGCUAGAGAAGCUAGCCUCCUCGGUUCCACAGCCUCAACCACGUCCACGUCAGCCCAAACGUUUGACAGUCCCCCACGCUGAAAGUGAGGAGGAAGUGGAAGAUAUAAUAGUGACGCCAGUUCCUCAAGCAAUAGCCAGUACAGAGUACAAAACCACCACAACGACAACAACAGCUUUGGCUCUAGCCACAAAGCCACAAGAUGAGAUCUCCAACCACAUGCAUCCUAAUGCCACUGCAGACAAGCUGGAUAUCUAUUUGGUUGAGCAGCGGGCCACAGGUCAUGUGAUGGAGAAAAAGAUCGAUUCCAUACUUCAGGUCAUGUCACGACUAACCACGGCUAAUGGCCAUGGUGGAGUUGCCGGCAGCAGUAGCAGCUUUGCCGGAGGAGCUGGCGAUGCAUUUGCCAAUGCUUCAUCAUUGACCGCCAACGACAAGGAAGAUGAGUUGCUGGAACUGGAGCAAAAGCUAUUGAAUUUCAAAAAGGAGAAUCGGGCAUUGAUGAAAACACUCCAAGCCAAAGAGCAGGCACUCAAUGAGUUACGCUCCUCCACGUGUGCCCUAUGUGAAGAGUUGUUGGCCCAGAAUAGGGAACUGAAACAACAAAACACAUCCCUAUUGGCCGGAAUGACUCAAUUGCGCAAUCAGCAGGUCUCCCCCCCAUCCCCGUCCCCCUGUCAGCAAUGUGAUCAAUCAGCUGAAAAAAUUGCAUUGCUCGAGCGUCGCAUUUUGGCCAUGCAAAAUCAGAUCAGCAAACAAUCCGAAGGAGCUCCUUACUAGGAUUAGCAUCACAUUUGAUAAAUCUUUUGUUAUUUUAACUAAACCUAUUCCAAUUUUAAAAGUCACAAUAUAUAUUUUAGAAAAUCAAAAGGCACACAAAACUGAAUUCAAAAGUCAAUGGGAAUAAAUUGUAUGAUAAAUGAUUGAAAUA